AUGAUUACUCCAUCCGGAUCCAGUCCUUCAUACUCUCUAAUCCUAUUUGCCGCUGCUUCCGUUACAGAAAUUGCUGGCGUCACGAUAAUUACAACCACAUCGAACGCUAUCAUACACGCGUACGAAAGCGAAAACGGUUAUCUACCCAAAGCGGAACACGUCAUCAGUGUGAUAAAUAAGACAAGAGAAGAUAUUAUGAACAAUCCAAGUCCAGCGCAGAGAGCAACUGGUCUCCAAACACAUAAACGAGCCAUGCCAUCCAAUCAGGCCAUUACUCUCCGAAGUCCUUGA